UAAAUCAAUGCAUUCGCAAAAGCAUACAAUUCGUUGACUGCCUCUUUGCCCUACACCCCAGUUUCAACCAACAUCACCGCCACUUUGCCUUUUCCAGCUUUCAGGUUCUCUCCUGAGCGAAUCCAAUUCCUAAGGGUUAGGGCUUUCGUUCUUCACUAAUUCUCUCAUAAUGGCUGACGAGGUGGAGUAUCGCUGCUUUAUUGGCGGCCUUUCUUGGUCAACAUCUGACAGAGGUCUGAAAGAGGCGUUUGAAAAGUUUGGCCAUCUUGUCGAGGCCAAGGUAGUUGUCGACAAAUUUUCUGGACGCUCCCGUGGUUUUGGAUUUGUCACUUUUGAUGAGAAAAAAGCUAUGGAUGAGGCAAUCAAAGCUAUGAAUGGAAUGGAUUUAGAUGGCCGGAGCAUUACAGUUGAUAAGGCUCAACCAAACCAAGGUUCUGGUAGAGAUCAUGAUGGUGACCGUCCACGUGGUGGUCGUGAUCAUGAUCGUGAUCGGGGUCGUGAUUUUGGUGGUGCACGUGGAUCUAACAGUGGGGAUUGCUUUAAAUGUGGGAAACCUGGACAUUUUGCUAGGGAAUGUCCCAGUGAAGGUGGUAGAGGAGGUGGUAGGUAUGGAGGGAGGGAUGACAAAUAUAGUGGUGGCGGCGGCGGUGGUGGCGGUCGAUAUGGUCCAGACCGAAAUGGAGAUAGAUUCGGUGGGCGCAAUAGGAGUUCUGGUGAUCGAGGAGGUUCGGGAAGUGAUCGAUAUAGCCGUGAUCGCUCUGGUCCAUAUGAGCGACGUGGUUCUGGUGGUUUUCGUUCUGGAUAGUAUCAUGACUUUCCUUGUAGGGUGUGUAACUCAACUCAACUUUACUGGUUCUUUGCGGCUGUCUUGUACUGAUGACUUGUACUGUCUCCCCAUUAAAUGCAGCCAGCUUACAUGGUGGGAUCUUGCGGUUAUGUCCUGCACAGUGUUAAUGUUUCUGUCUACAGGUCGUCUCUCGUACAGUUCAGAGUUCUGAAGUGCAGAGCUCGACGUUAAUGUUGAGAUAUUUGUGUUCCUAUGUGAUGAAUUUGGUAUCUUGGUACAGUGGUGUGGUGUCUAAUGUGUUCUUGACAUAUUCAUUGAAACCUGGUUUUAUGAUCUUUAAGUGCCCUUGUAGCUGCUGCAUAACUUGUGACACACACACAGGGAAUUUCAAUAACUGCUGCACCAUUUCAUUUUGAAAAAAUUUCUUUUAGAAUACAACUAGACCUGGUUUUUGAUAUUGGAUGGGUAUUGACCAUUGAGAGGACCUUGGCUUUUGAUAAGCUGCAACUAGAGAUUUGUGUCCUGACUUGGAAACUUUGAAGUGAAAUCUCCUUUUCAGAACGUUGGUUCCUAUUGUCUUAUAAAUUCCACAUGAGUUUACAGGUAAUUACUCUUCCUUCUAUUGCCUUUGCUGUCCUAAUAUGGCAUAUCAUCUAUGUAUGGUGUUAUAUUGAUGUUGUGAACUUCUUGGCAGCAUCCUUCCUUUUUAUGGUCUUAUUGGGUGCAUAAUACAGUUUCUUGUUAA